UUUGAUAUAUAUAUAUAUAUAUUUAUUUAUUUAUUUAUUUUAGAUGCAGUGGUUAAAUUAUGUUAAAAAACUUAAGAGUUGGGCUGGUCAUGAUCAUUAAAUUGUUUAUGGGGGCGGCUGUCUGCUGCUAUGUCUGACUCGGUAAAUGAGUUCAAAAUGUUUACAGAACUUCCUAGUCAUGUUAACUUAAUAAGUAUUAUAUAAAUAAAUAAAUAAAAUCUCUAGAAGAUCGAGAUUUUUUGCAGGGUAUGCUUAUAUUGCAACUAUGUCGCCCAAUUUGUGGAUUGACAAUCGAGCUGGUAAUAUUCCAAUAGAAGCAUCUCUUUUGAAAAUUUCAACCUCCCAUCCCAUGAAUUCAUUUUGUCAAAAGCCACUAAUUUCCUUAUCUUAUGAUGCCUGAUAGGAAUUGGAAAGCCACACAUCCCCACCUCCUUAAUUCCUUUUCUAUACGCUUGCUUCCAAUCUCUCUCGAUCUUCUCUCUCUCAAAAUGCAUACCCAUGAUCUCUUCCCAGCUUCGGCCACUUUCUUCUUCAUCGUAAUAGCAUUAAGUACCUUAGUCCAAUUUCCAGUACCAUCUGUGCACGCUGCUGAAGAUGAGCAGUACCUCAACUGCAGCGAAACCUUUUCAUGUGCGGGUAUUUCGGGCCUCGGUUAUCCUUUCUGGGGAUCACCAAAUCGGUCUGAAUAUUGUGGGCACCCGGCUUUCGAGUUGAACUGCAGCGGCGAUGCCCCGCAGCUUAAUGUCGCGGACAUGUUUUACCGAGUCCUUGAAAUCAAUGGCGCGGCGGCGGCGCGAAGUCUCAGGAUUGCUAGAUUGGAUUACUGGAACACGACCUGUCCUGCCACUUACGAUAAUACCACCACAGAUAGCAGUACCCUCUUUUCUCGUACUACUGCUGCUACCACCAACCUGACGCUCUACUACCACUGCCCUAUUAUUUCAAUAUCACCUCUUCUACCUCAGCCGGCGGAUGGUUUCUCGUUUACUUGUGCCGGAGACGCUAAGGGCUUUACCAAUUACUAUUCCAGCUCCUCGACUGCAAGCACGAUUAAUAGCUUAUUGGGGUUGUGCGAGAACAACGUUAACGUUCCAGUAAGUACUGAAGCAGUCAGUAAUUUAACUACUGAAGACGCACUGAAGGAAGCUAUUGAUGGUGGCUUCACGGUGGGGUGGAAUGCAAAUAACAGCUUGUGCGAUAGAUGUAAUGGGUCCGGUGGGCAGUGUGGGUUCAACAUCAGCACGAAUGCUUUCGCUUGCCUCUGUAAAACUGGGUCUUUUCCAGAAACGUGUGGAUCAGAUGGCAAGAAGAAUGAAGUAACACUUAGAAUAGGCAUUGGCAUAGGUGGUGCGGGCAUUGUUGGCAUUUUCCUAGGUUUCUGGAUCUUUUCCAUUGGGCAACAGAAGAAAAAACGAGCAGAGGAAGCUACCUACAGCGUUAAGAUCGGAGGAUGCUUAUCAAGUAAUUCAAUGGUCUGGUGGAACAGAGAUGCAGAGAAUGAUCAUUUCAAUGCGGAGGAAAUCCUAAGGAAUUUUGGAUCAAUGGCCCCGAAGAGAUAUACUUAUUCAGAUGUGAAGAAACUGACCAACUCAUUCAAAAAUAAAGUAGGACAAGGAGGAUAUGGUGUUGUAUACAAAGGGGAACUACUUGAUGGGCGUAUUGUGGCAGUGAAAGUCUUGGGCGAGUCCAAAGGUAAUGGAGAAGAAUUUAUAAACGAAGUGGCUAGUAUUAGUAGAACAUCACAUGUCAAUAUAGUCACGCUUUUGGGUUUUUGCUAUGAGAGAACUAAAAGAGCUCUAAUCUAUGAAUUUGUGCAAAAUGGAUCUCUUGAUAAGUUCAUAAAUGAGAAAGGAUCUUCAAUCACAAAUCGUUACUUGGACAGCAAGAUCAUGUUCCAAAUUGCAAUUGGCAUUGCUCGAGGACUAGAAUAUUUACAUCGAGGUUGUAGGACUAGGAUUCUGCAUUUUGACAUAAAACCUCACAAUAUACUAUUGGAUGAGAAUUUGUGCCCAAAAAUCUCUGAUUUUGGUCUCGCUAAACUAUGCAAAACAAAAGAGAUCAGUAUUGUGUCAAUGACGGGCAUGAGAGGAACUGCAGGAUAUAUUGCACCUGAAGUAUUUAGUCGAUACUUUGGCGGAGUGUCUCACAAGUCUGAUGUCUACAGUUAUGGCAUGUUGGUUCUUGAAAUGGUUGCGGGAAGGAAAAAUCUUGAUGAUGGGGUACUCUCUCAUAGCAGUGAAAAUUAUUUUCCUAACUGGAUUUAUGACAAACUUGAAAAGGGUGAGACUUAUGAUACUUUUGGGGAUAUUACAAAUGAUGAUCAAGACAACAUGAUAAAAAGGAUGAUAAUGGUGAGUUUGUGGUGCAUUCAAACCAAUCCUUCAGAUCGGCCAUCAAUGGGUAAGGUGAUAGAGAUGUUAGAAUGCAACUUUCAAUUACCUCAAUUUCCACCAAAACCUUUCCUAAACUCUCCUACGAGGUCGGCUCAACAUGAUUCUUCCACCGGUAUUACUUCAUAAUCAUAAAUUCCAACACAUAAAAUGUAUAGAAUUGCAUCAUAGGAUGCAGGUUUUUUGAAUGAUCAUGUGAUCGUGUUGACAUUUCUAUUUUAGGAGUGGUACUGUGCAAGAAACCUUCUUUGUUGGAAAACAAUGGAUUCCAAACAAGGUAGGGGCAUUGUAGGAUCAGAAUUGUGAAAAACUACGUUUACUACCUUUUUUUUUCACUUAAUUUACAACAUUCACGAGUUUGUGGUGCAUUCAGGCUAAUCUCUCUGACCGGCCCUCCAUAGGGUAAGGUGAUACAGAUGUUGGAAGAUACCCUUCUUCAAUCCAAGGGGUACAAUUUUUGUUAAAA